CACCAUUCAACCUUCUCCUUUCUGGCCCUUCAUUUUUUUCUGUCUACUCUACUUUGCUCUCUCUCACACCUUAACACACAUUCAAACGUGAAGAAAAUAUAAAUUAAUUAAUGGCUUUGCAGGUCCAAUUAUACAGGCCAGCUCCAAGGACCACAAUUGGGUCAGUGAUGCAGAAUUCUUCAUCACAAGCACCAUGUUAUACGCAGCAGUCUAUGGUCUGCGUCACAGGUGAUUACAAUCAAGCGAUGAAGAGAAAAGAGAGAGGGCUGUCCGUGCAGUGGAGGGUCAAGGCUAGUUUGGACACUGCGGCGGCGGCGGCAGCGGCAGCGGCCGCCUCCGGUGAGGUUGCUGCGGUGGUGGGUCAGGUGACUGAGGUUAAUAAGGACACCUUUUGGCCCAUUGUUAAAGCUGCCGGUGAUAAGACUGUCGUCCUCGAUAUGUACACUCAGUGGUGUGGUCCUUGUAAGGUGAUUGCUCCAAAAUUUCAAGAAUUGUCUAAGGAAUAUCUUGAUGUUGUCUUCCUAAAGUUGGACUGCAACAACGAUAACAAGCCACUGGCAAAGGAGUUGGGAAUUAAGGUGGUUCCAACCUUCAAGAUAUUGAAGGAUAGCAAGAUAGUUAAAGAAGUUACGGGAGCCAAAUUCGAUGAUAUAGUUGUGGCAAUCAAUAAUGCAAGAUCCCGUUAAUAUGCUUUCGCUUCCCCGCCCCCUCCCCCUUGUAAACUGUAACUUGGUUAUAGUACAUACAUGAACUUAAUGGAAUUGAUUAUUAAGAACCUACUAGUCUUCGUUACUUUUAAGAUCAUUGAGAAAGGAUGAAGUGAAUAUGUUUUUAACUGAAGAAAAUGAUUCAUUCUGUAUUGUAAAAUUUAUGACCUUCACAAA